AUGCGAUUCUUGCCCCGAACCUUGUCCAUAGAUGACGUCAUGCAGAUGGUUGACACUGAAGAUGGUGACAUUCUUGUGCUCACGGAUCUUGUCCGGGAAGAAUCGGGUAUCAGCCAGAACUCUGGUGCAACCACGUCUUCGAGUGAUGAAAGCAAUAGUCAUGUAGUAAUAUCAAAAUCAUUCGAUGCAAAUCUUUUCCAAAGAACUCGGUUGGAACUGCCAGAGACACUGCAGCCCGGCUAUUCUAGUCUGGGUCGGCUACGGCUUUCCCCAUCACGGCCAUCGGUUGUCGACAUAGAGGCCCUAGAAGAGCUUGAAGAUCGCAUAGCACUUGGGCAAGCUAGCCCCAUUGAUAGUUCAGUGAGAUUUAGAUCCAGCACUUUGUUUGAUCACAAUGAUUGCUCAGGGGCACAACUGAGCGAAGAAGCCAAGAUUAAUGAUCAGAUUAUAAAAACUGAGGCUCAAGCAAUGGCGAAGCCCCGUUCUCUAAUACCCGAGCAAGUUCCCUCUACCGUGGAAGAAUGUGAAGAGCCAAGUGAAAGCAGCCAUGCUUUGUCGAUGGAAGAAAAUACAGACAGUCCACCAACAAGAAGGAGCCGACUACAUUCAAUGUUCAGUAGUAUUCUUCGUCGGAAGUCCAAGGAUAUGUCAAGCCCACGAUCGGAAUCGGAUCCACCUUAG